UUUGUUUUGUUUAUAGCAUCGCCGUACGCUCGAUCACUCAUAGGAUCAACGAGAGCAACAGCGAGUGCACGCACCAUCGUUCAUCGGAAUCAUUAGACUGUUGGUUUGCGUUGAGUUGCCGUGGAUAAAUCAGUUACGGAACUAGAAGCGACAGAAUGAGGCACAAGGGAGACAACUCGUGUGAAAUCGAAGAACGGCUUGCUCGAGCAGCCGAGACAAGCUUGAAAACUAAAUCGAUUUCUCCUGUCCUGAGAGAAGAACUGAGACUGUCGAUCUUAAACAGACGUCACGCCAACGGCCAGGAAGAACUCUCCGUCGAGUUCAAAAAGCCAGUAAAACACGAUUUGACGCCAGCGGAGAUCCAAAAGAAAGUGAGACGACGUGAACAGAACAGACGCGCAGCUCGACGUUGUCGGCAAAAGAAAAAACAAAAACAGGAGGGGACAUUUGAGGGUUUGGCCAAAGUGAUCGAGGAAAACCAAUCCCUCGAGGCCGAGAUAAAUCUGCUGAAAUCUGAAAAAGAUGCAAUCAAAAGGUUUUUGGAAUCACAUGGUGUUUGUGGUUCCGUGAAACAGGAGGCAGUUGACAUCAUGACGGCUGUAGUCGCAGGUAACGCAGAGGUCUCCCGAGACAUCCCCCCCAGUAGCGUGGCCACACCCUCUCAACCGUAUGACGCCCCAAUGUCCGAUGGACAGAUUGUUAGUGAAAUCGCAGAUUGUUUACCUCAAGCCGUCGUCGACUUCUAUCUGGAACAUUCAACCAAGGACGAAAGCCUCUUUUUCGACUGCGGUUCAGACAUGCGCAGACAGACAGUUUCUGUUUCGAGCGUUUCGUCAGAGGCUGAUGCCUUCGGAGUGGAAAGUGACACAGACACUAUUUUUACGACAGAUCAGAGCGGAAUGUCGGAAUGUUCCGAAGAUGAAGAUGUUUUUCAACCGAGCGUUACUUGGAGCCUCACCGGAAGUCAGACCCUACCGCUAAUAAAUGACAAUCAGAGUUGUCUCCCCCUGAACCCCUUCGGAGGUCUCUGUUCCCAGAUAUCCAAUGAGGUGGAUUCCUGUGAAGACGCGUCAUAUAUGACGUAUUGGAACUUAUCAGAACCCUAGAAAUAUCAAAAACACUAUAUUCGUGUGUAUAUUCUUGCUAAGCAUUUCUGGGUGUUUUGUCACCAACAUUGCCAUCAAAUCAUUACCGAAUAUUCUCUCAACUCUACUGGCGUUGAACAAUUUCACACACUCCUGACGUUUUAGACAACAUGAGUAGGUGUUCAGCAUUGUUAGUGUGUGAACUUUGCCCAUACACUUGCAUCAACGUAUCUACUUCCACGAGGAACUUCCUUUUCAUUAUUCACAAAUACCGAUAAAGUGUUCAAAUAUCCUGUUGGAGGAAAAUGCUCAAAAGUCUUCUUUUUUACGAACUUUUGUCUCAGAUCAGCAUUUCAAAUUUGAUAUAUCUUGUUCGCAAUCGCAUACAUAUUGAACUGUCUCCUGUAUCGCCGAUGCAUGAAAUACUGACACCAGCGUUGUCUCAGUGCAUGUGCACUACAGGGAGUGAUGACUGGAGCUGACUAUGUUUUACGGCCUUGUAAUUAUUAGCAUUGCUUAUUGCAGAUGUGUACAUAUAUUAGUUUCCAGUGACAUUGGAAUGGCAUUUUUCCUGUAUAUAAAUGACCUGUUAAUGCACAGAUAAUCCACUUCGCUUCAAGUGCGCUUCACAUCCCGUUCGUAAAACGUUCUUCCUCAUCAGCUGUUGCUGACGACGCGCUCAUUGUCUGUUCAGAGUUAAUAAUAAUGUCUGUUAAUGACACGAGAGAUGUACACAAUAUACACACCAGGGUACCUGAACACCACGCGACUAUACACACACCAGGGUACCUGAACACCACGCGACUAUACACACACCUGGGUACCUGAACACCACGCGACUAUACACACACCAGGGUACCUGAACACCACGCGACUAUACACACACCAGGGUACCUGAACACCACGCGACUAUACACACACCUGGGUACCUGAACACCACGCGACUAUACACACACCAGGGUACCUGAACACCACGCGACUAUACACACACCAGGGUACCUGAACACCACGCAACUAUACACACACCAGGGUACCUGAACACCACGUGACUAUACACACACCAGGGUACCUGAACACCACGCUAUACACACACCAGGGUACCUGAACACAACGCGACUAUACACAUACCAGGGUACCUGAACACCACGCGACUAUACACACACCAGGGUACCUGAACACCACGCGACCAAUACAACGAUCGGGUAUCUAAAUAUCAUGACUGCAAGUAUUUUCCAGGUACCCGAAUAACACUAUACACAGUUGCAGGAAACCGAACAACACGACUAUACACAUUUGCAGGGUACCUGCACAACACGACUAUAUACAGCUUCCGGGUACCUGGUAAACGCACAACUACCACCGACUACCCAUUUAAGUCCCAGACAAGUCAGCUGAUUUCGCCCAUGUUGGAUGUCAUACAUUCCGUAUUCAUUAUGUAUAUGAAUCAAAGAUGAAAUAAAAUAUUCGAUUCCUC